CCAUGUUUUAGUUAUGAAUUGAUUUAAGUUUCAUUUUUAAUCCAUAUUAUGAUUAUAUGAAACAGCAAAUGUCAGAGACAGUGCUGUGGGAACGAAAUUCAUAUUGGGAGGGGGGCGGUGGCUCAUUGUAUUUGUUUCCAUUUAGUACACUGUUAUACAGGACAUAAAUCUUGGGCUGCAAUUAUUUGGAGGGGGGCUUCUAUAAGUGAAAAUAAUAUAAUAUUCAAAAAAGAAAAUAAGAAAAGAAUCAUCAUAAGGAGUCAUCACUAUCAUCUGGUUACAACUUCAAACACAGGUUGGAAGAGACUGACAGAAGGUUCUCGAAGAAUAGAGAUCUGUAUCAGGAUUUAGCAAUGCUAGAGCCAAGAAGAUUUGUUGAUACGAAAAUGAAGCAGGAGAGCAAUAGGAGGUCAGAAUUGCUGGCAUUUGCAAAUUGCUACCAGCAGCUUAUCGUUCAAGUGAAAACAGCAACUGGUGCAAAUGGAGAUCCAGAAAAAAGAUGAUUUCAAGAAACAAGCUAUUAGAGAAGAAGCAUAUGGAGAAAAAAAUGUGACUUUCAAGGUGGGGAUUCGCAAAAAGAGAAAGGACCCAAAAGGUGACAUAUACACCCUUUAUCAAAAGGGUAGAAGCUUGCCAACUGUGCAUACCCCACGCAUUCAAAAAUUUUGUAAUGACUUUCUUUUUCAUUUAUCAUUCAUAUUUGAAUUUAUAUUAUAUAUAGCAAUUUCAUAAGAAUAUGAGCAUCAAAACUGGUCAAAAGUUGAGAACAAAUUAAAAACAAGCUAAGGCUGAAUUACCGUAAAAUGCAAUUUUGAACAACAUUUUAUCCCAUAUAUGAGAAUUUUUAGCCAUGUGUGGAUGCUUUUAUUUGCCAAUGAACAGUGUUGCCACACGUAGGGAUUUCUACCUACUGUACUUUGGGGAUUUUCAGAAGUUUAUAGGUUGCAGGGAGAACCUGCGGGAUAAAUAAAGAAAAGUAAGUAGUUUUCUGGAAAUUGUAGGGAUUUAUAUUUGUUUGCGGCCAAGCAAUUAGAUUGCUUAUUUUUCAUAGCUUGAACAUCAAUUUCCACUGACUUUUCAUGCAAGUGCAAGAAGUAGUUAUGAAAAGAUAUUCCGCAAAAAAUGCGAAACCAGAUUUUACGUCAGAGUAAUAGCUUACAAACGCAUUACUUUUAAUAGUUGAAUAAUUUUUUGGUCCUCAAUCUUAAUGGCUUUUUAAAAAAGACUUUCGCUGAAAGCUGAAAGCACGGGUGGACGUGGGUAAAAACAUAGGGAUAUUUUGAAAAUAUUGCUUAAAGAGACUGUCGGUAGAAAUCGCCUGCUCAGUAGUGAGAAAAAGGACUUAUGAUUCUGAAGUAUACGGCCAAUUUCUCAAGGAUGCUCGGUUUAAAAACGGUCGAUACGAAGUUUCUUUGUCAAUGAAAGAAUGUCAUCCAGUUAAUAGCGACAAUUUUUCUCUCGCAAAAAGCCGACUUUCGGUCUUUCAGUCGCUUUGGCAUCGUCCCAGGUGAAUACAAAAUUCAUGUAAUGAUGCGGGACGUUAUUAAUAAAAACAAUACAAUCCUAAAUUCCAAUCUAUUCUGCCUCUAUUCUGUUGGAGGCUAUUGUUGCACAUCACAAUUACCUUGGAUGUGCUUUGUGUUAGAUUUCACACAUGGAUAAUGGAUCUACAUAAGCACUCCACAGCUCACAUUAGCAAGGCGACGUUUGAGAAGGAGUCAUGGCUAAGGCUCCGGUUUACAGUACUUCGUUCCUAAGCAUUUAUUUCGUAUUUGCAGCUCUAGAAGUGCUUCUUAUGUCUGGUAUAACUUACGGAUGGGCGUCUAUAGCGUUUCUUUUCAAAGAAGAAGGGUUUUUUGGCUUCCUUUGCCAAGCAGUAAACAGAACAUUGGAAUCAUCACAGGAAAGUCAAGAAAAAAAUGAAGCUUGCCUUCCACAGGAACAGCGUCUGAAUUUGGUUUUUAAUGUAGGUGUGGCGCUGCUUUGUGGAUCGAAGUUACUUAUUGGAGCUUUUACUGAUAGAUAUGGGCCUCGAUUCUCUCAAAUGGUUGGAGGCUUUCUGUACGUUUCUGCUGGAUUCGGACUGGCUUUCACUACAAAAGAAAACUCAAAUGUGUUGUUUUUCAUAUUCUCCACCUUCUGUGUUGGUGGCGGAUUUAUUGCUGUUGCCAAGUAUCAGGUGUCAAGAAUUAUUUACAGGAAGAGCAAGUCUUUGGCAUUGUCGGUGUUGCAUGGUGCGUUUGACUCAUCGGCAGCUGUUCUAUUGAUCUUCAAGGUCAUUCAUGAAAGGGGAGUGAGUAUGAAGUUGAUUAGCCUGUUCUAUACCAGCCUCUGCUUGGUAUUAAUAAUCAUUUCUACAAUUCUACUCACUCCCUCACACAAAACCUUGCUGGCUAUUGUCAAAGAGGAGGAAAUGGGAGACGCUGUUAAAGAAAUAGCUAAAAGUCGUCGAUACAGUGCCACAGAAAGCAUAGAUUCAAUAUCAUUCCCAGAUGAACAUGCCUACAAAAGCAUACACCAAAAAAUUCUCAGAAUCCCAGAAACGCUCAAAGAAUCGAUUUGCUUCCCUUUAUACAUUUACGAGCUGCUAUUUCUGUCAGUGAUGCAACUCAAACUUUGGUUCUACAUUGGGAGUCUUGAAGAACUGCUUAAAAUCAUUUUUAAAAAUGAUUCAGAAUCAGUUGACUACUAUACAACUUUGUUUGGUUACAUGCAACUGUGCGGCAUCUUGACCGGCCCUGUCGUUGGCUGCAUAUUCGACAGAGGUCUUAUCAAGUUUUCAAAAUCAUACAACGAGAACGAGACACUCUUGCUGGCCUCACCAAUAAGAGGCCAUCUUAUAAGGAUGAAGCAAAGCAUUCUCCCUUUUCUGUUAACCAGCAUGCUGGGGAUUAUUCUUUCACUUCUAUCGAUCAUCAAGUGGAAGCCUGGAUUGAUCAUAUCUUUUGUCCUGCAUGUUGUCAUCAGAGGGUUCCUUUACGCUAGUCAUGCAGCAUUUAUCGGGCUAGCAUUCAAGCCACAGUAUUUCGGCACCCUGUACGGUCUUGGUAUUUUUCUAGCAGGGUUGGUUGGCCUAUUAGAAUACUUCCUUUACACCGUGACUCACAUAUGGCUUUAUGGAGAUCCUUUUCUGAUAAAUCUGGUCUUGCUUGUGCUUGUCGUCCUAACAACCAUUUACGUUUAUCACCUUACGCGCCAUUGCAAGAGGAUCGAGGAAGACAUACACCAUUCAGUGUUAAUGUACGGUACAGAAACGCAUUCUUAAUGUAUUUCUCUUUAUAAAUGUACCGAAAAGGCAUUCUUAAGAUGAACUCCAAGUAAAUCUACAAGACAGAAGCGCAUUCUAAGACCCCGUUUACACGAGAGUGGAUCCGAUCCGGAACGGAAAGUACGGAUAGGCUUUGCGUUUACGCGGGAACUGGAAGACCCGGAUAUUUUUGGAUCCGAUCUGGUCCAGGUCUCGUGUAAACAGGGUCUAUAAAAAUGUUUCUCUGAGUCAAGAUGUUUCUUUUAGUUAGUUUACAGAACAUGAUAAUAUACGGAAAAAACGUUCUUAGGAUAUCCUCUGAGUAAAUGUAAGGGACAAAAACGGAUUCUUAGGAUGUUUCACAAAAUUGAGAGGUUUUCCAAAGUUAAUGUAUUUUGUAUUAAACAGGAAAGCAUUUUCAGAAUUUUCUCAAAGUUAAUGUACAUAACAGAAACAUAUCCUUACGAUGGUUCUCCAGGUAAAUGUACAGAACAAAGGUUUACCUAAUUAAAGUCAUGAUGGAGUUUGCCUAUCUAAGUCUUCCGUUGUUUUUAAUCAAGGUAUAUUUUCAAUCAAAUACCUUCGCUAAUAAUUUUGAGUAUACACUGUAAACUAACACACGCAUGUAAUAAAAAUUCAAGCUAGCGAUUUUUCAAUUUUUGAAUUUAAAUAGCCGUGCAUGGCUAGUGAUCUUA